CUAAGCUCAGAAGACAUAAUAGAAGAACCAGCUUCUAGGCAAUUACCUUCUGAGUUUGAAAUCAAUGAAGAGAAGCCUUCAAAAGUUGAACCUACAGAUGUUAGCGACUGUGAUUUAGAAAGAUCAGAAUUAAAUGAAUGUGAGGGAAUUCUGAGGAAGCUCUCAUUGUUGAUUUGGAAAACUCUGUCAAAAUCGAACAUGGUAAGCUUACUGAAAGACUUUGUUGAGUCUGAAUUCUUUUUGAUUGAUGGAGAUUCCUUAUUCAUCACUUGUGUUUCCAAUGUGAACUUCAAGAAAGGACAAACUCUUCACUUCUUCUAUAUUGUGGAACAAUUUCUGCAUGAUUUCAUUCAAAAGGAAGCCAAGUUUGUAAUAGUUUUUUUUAAGGAUGCAGAAAAUAUGUAUUUUAGUUACCCUGAACUUCAGGCCCUUCGUAUGAUAUUGAUUCAACAUUUAGAACACAAUACUGACGUCACUAUUCAUACAGAAUUUUCCAAUUGUCUGUCACCAGAAUGGGAGAUAUUUCUUCAACAAUGUUACCCAUAUUUCCUAAUUGUCUCAGAAAGGGGAAUAACACCUUGUCAAACAGACUUUUUAAACAUUUUUAUCAUUCAUGCUCUUCAGAAGAAAAUCAGUAUUGUGCAGCCUUCGGGAAUAGAGUCAGAUGUCCUAAGAAUUUACGGAUACUGUGCCUCAAGUUGCUAUUCACACAGACUGUUUUUUGAAAUGCAUGAAAAACAGCUGCGGCACGCCUUACAUGCCUACGUAAUAGAGUAUUUCCAAAAGUCACAAGGAACAGGAAUAUUUCUUUAUGGUCAUUUGAAAUUAAACUUGGGAGACAUGCAGAAAGAGAUACAUCAAACCUUGUCCUUGCUUCAGAAUCUGUGGCCAGAAGGAGCUGAUAUCAGAAGUGUUGUCUGCUCCAUUUCAUGCUCUGUGACACUAAAACUCUACAAAAAAAUGUUACAUAAGGCAGAAGACUGUGAAAACCUAAACAUAUGCACAGAGAAUCAUAACACACAGGACUUGAAGAAACCACCAACACUAAAGGAAGCAGCAGAUCUUUGCAGAAUGCUCUGCCUUACUGUGGUUCUCCUUCAACGUUUACCUCUGUUUCAAAGAACCAAGAGUAGAAUCAUUACUCAUGUUUGGGACAGCACACUUUCACCGUUUCUAAGAACGCUAAAGAAAUGUGAAUUUUUCAUCCUAAAACAAUUAGAGGCUAGAAAUAAUUGGAAUGUGAAUUUCACUGGCCUGCCUGACUUAACUGAUAAUAUUUUGUGGAAAAAUAUUGCUUAUUAUUAUGAAAUUGAAUACAGUCGAGGGCUAAAUUUGGAAUUGGGUGACACUUUAAUGCAAGAAUGUCUGAAGCUGUGGAACACAGUCUUACUAUUAUCAGGGGAUGGUGAUCUGGGAGGACUCAUACCCCUGAGGACAACGUCCAGACCAUUUCUCACACAGAAGCAAACAUCCCCUGGAGGUGCUGACAAUUUUUUAAAGUUGACCCCAUUUAGGAUAGAAAGCGAUUAG